AUGGAGCUUCAAAAGCUCAUCUUCCCCUUCUUCACCCUCUUCUCGCUCCUCAUCACAGAACACCAGCUAGUGCAGGGCUCAUCUCACCACCACCACCACCACCACCACCGCCACCACCACCAACUCAAUGGCUUUCGUCCGACAAAGCUUUUCGUAUUCGGGGACUCGUAUGCUGAUACAGGGAACAACAAGAAGUCUGAAGCAAACUCUUGGAAGAUCCCCUAUGGUAUCACGUUUCCCGGUAAGCCGGCGGGCCGGUUCUCCGAUGGCCGUGUCCUCACUGAUUUUAUAGCUAAGUUCCUGGGAAUGAAGUCUCCAAUACCAUACCAAUGGAGAAAAUAUGGUGGUAAAAAACUACGUAAUGGAAUGAACUUUGCUUAUGGUGGGACUGGAGUGUUCAAAACUCUGUCUUUGGACCCAAACAUGACCAUCCAGAUCGACUUUUUUCAGAAGCUCAUCAACGACUCAACAAUCUACAACAAGACCGACUUGCAAACCUCUUUGGCUCUUGUCGCUCUUUCUGGCAACGAUUAUAAUGCUUACUAUGCCAAUGGUGGCACUGCCCAGGGUUUGCAAAAUUUCAUCACUCUUGUGGUUAAUCAAUUGGAAUUGAACUUGAAACGCAUUAAAGGACUGGGAGUGAAGAAAGUAGCUGUGACAGCUCUACAGCCCCUGGGAUGCCUCCCUCGAAGCACUAUACAUUCUUCGUUCCAACAAUGCAAUUCAACUGAGAACACCGCGGUGGCCUUCCACAACCUCUUGUUGCAGCAAGCUGUGGCAAAGUUGAACAAUGAAAGCAAUGAUUCUGCAAUUGUCAUUGUUGAUCUUUAUAGCUCCUUCACUACUGUACUCCAGAACCAAGGAAACCAGACAGAAAGUUCGACGUUUGAGAGGCCAUUGAAGGCAUGUUGUAUGGGUACAAGCACUGACCAUUACUGUGGAGAUGAGGAUGAGAAAGGAGAGAAGAUGUAUACGGUUUGCAACGACCCCAAAUCUGCUUUCUUCUGGGACUUGGUGCACCCAACUCAAGCAGGAUGGCGUGCAGUGUAUUUAGCUUUGCAAGCAAAUCUGGAACAGAUUCUUAAUUAG